UGAGUAGUGUCUAUAUCUUUCAUAUUCCCAAUUCAUUCCUAUCUAUGAAUAAAACUCAAAACGAGUGCUGAUUUCACCUCACACCAUCCCCCUCUCUAUCUAUCUAUCUAUCUGUAACACUACUUUUCACUCAUAUAGAAAAUAUGAAUAUGAAACCUUCUUCACCAUCAGAUUCCAAUAUUUCCAUUAACAAUUCAACAACAACAUUCAUUAGUAGUCCUUGGGAAACCAUGCGACGAAAACCACGAACAACCCUCCUUCUUUCAUUACUUUCUAUUCUUUUAUUUGCUGCAUUUUCUCUUCAUCUCUCUCGUGAUGCCGUUUCUGGUUGGAGACCUGAUUACGACCUUGACGAUCGUCCAUGGAAGCUAAACGCAAAAAAUCACGUUGUCGUUCAUACCAAUGCAAACAAAAACAACAACAUCGUCAACGAGUUUUCACACCAAUCACGUCGUGUUUCAUCCAUCAACUUCAGAAACUCGUUCUCAACGGUUUCAGUUUUAUUACCAGAUUGGGAGAUUCUCGUUCUCGUUUCUCCAAACACGCCUUUAUCUUCUUCCGAUGAAUAUAACUGCCUUUUCCGGAACAACCAAAUGUCUCAGGCGAAAUUCUCUGGUGUUUUACCUUUCACCAACCGUACAACGUUCAAGUGCGACAUGCCGGGUACGGUUUGGCGCCGGAAAAUAUUUUCGCAACCUAUGUUGGUAACCGGAACGUCGGAAAAUGAAUUUCAAAAUCAUUCUCCGGCGGCGGAGCUUGUGAGGUGGAAUUUUGUUGUUUACGAGUCUUUUUCAAUGGAAGACGACGUAGUUUUGUUUGCCAAAGGUGUUAAUCAUCGUCAAGGCUACGACAGGCCGGCGAAGGAGCUUAACUGUGUUUUCCAAAUAGGAGACGGAAUUCGCACCGCCGUUACAAGCUCUGUUCAAGAGGUUUUCCGAUGCUUGCAUCCAGAUCCGUCUGAUUUGGGUUCGAAUUCCGAAAUUGGAGUUUCCCUCGAGAUUAUUGGAGAAAACAUCGUGGUUCCGUCCGUAGCGUAUUACACUCCCAGGCCCAAUAAACCCAAUUCUAAGCCCGUGGCAGUUCAAAACUUUGGGCCUCCGGCCCAGCCCAAAUAUUUCCUUUGUGCAUGCACGAUGGUUUAUAAUGUGGCGAAGUUUUUGAGGGAAUGGGUUGUGUAUCAUUCAAAAGUGGGAGUGGAAAAUUUCAUAUUGUAUGAUAAUGGAAGCGAUGAUGAUGAUUUGGAGAGAAUAAUUAAGGAGCUUCGUGAAGAGGGUUAUAAUAUAAGCACGUUGCUUUGGAUUUGGCCUAAGACUCAAGAAGCUGGAUUCUCACACAGUAUUUUGUACUCAAAAUCCAAAGGAUUAUGCACUUGGAUGAUGUAUGUGGAUGUUGAUGAAUUCAUGUAUUUACCCUCUUGGAGAAAUAAUGGGUUCCACUUCAAUUCAAAUGAAUUACCUUCGUUGAAAUCAAUUUUACCGCGGGAGGACAAGGGUGGUAGAAUUGGACAGGUGUCAAUGAUGUGUUUAGAAUUUGGGCCAUCAGGUCAACGACAACACCCGAAAGAAGGGGUAACACAGGGGUACACGUGUCGGAGGAAAGUGGAACAAAGACACAAAUCAAUUGUGUUGGUAGAAGCAGUUGAUAGAAGUUUGUGGAAUGUGAUACAUCAUUUUCAAGUGAAUGAGAAACAAGGGUUUAGAUCGAAACAACUUGGUCCCGAAGAGGGUUUGGUGAAUCACUAUAAGUACCAAGCGUGGGUUGAGUUUAAGAGCAAAUUUAGAAGGAGAGUGUCUGCUUAUGUUGUGGAUUGGAGACAAGCUAUGAACCCAAACUCGCAAGAUAGGACACCUGGGUUAGGAUUUGAGGCUGUUGAACCUAAAGAUUGGACACACAGGUUUUGUGAGGUUAGAGAUCAAAGGUUGAAAUUGUUGACACGUGAAUGGUUUGGAUCGUUCACGCAUAAUGGAUAUAGAAUGGCUUGGCAAACUAGAUGAGAAUUUAUUUUAUUUGAUUCCCCUUGAUUCUUCUUCUUCUUCUUACAUAGAUUUUUGAUUCGGAGGGGACAGAUUCUCAACAAAAGUAAACAUGGAUGGAUGGAUCAAUACUAUACAUACACAGGAACAGUUGAAAACUAUUAUAGUGCUCUCUUACAUUCUGUUUUUCUAUUCCACUUUUUUUUAAUGCAAGGAAUAGAAUUUUUGUUGUCUUCAUUGUUCCAUUUUGGACCCCUAUAGUUGAUUGAUACUAGUGUAGGCAGAUUUCUUCUUUGGACUGCACCUGAUUUGGUGCUUCUUCAUAAAUGAAAUCCACCCCUCUGUGCACUUUGCUA